UUAAACCAGUUCCUCACGGACAGUACAGACACAAAUGAAGCAAACCGCCAAGGUAUUCCAUUACCUUUCUUCUCUCCAUUUUAAAACCGGAUGAUUUGAAUCAAUUUGAGAGAAACGAGCCAAAUUUUCGAAAACUAAGUACGAAUCGCAAGUUCGAAUUGCAGCGAUCAAAUUACUGAUUUUCUCAGCUUUAAUUUUCUCUCACUUUCUCGAGAAAAUCGUUAAGAAAACGCGGGAAUUCAUAGUUUCAUCAGCAAUGAAAAUCCGUCAGAAAAAUGCACAUGAUCGUCCGUUGGAGAGAAAUCCUCUCACCGCCUCGAUUAAAUCUCUUCCGAUGUUGAUGCUUUACUUCCUCCUUAUGUUCUUCUCGAUGAUCUGUUUAUUUUACUCUCCAAAAUUUCUCUAUUAUUCUUCAUUUUAUUGUCGCAGCCGUGGAUCUUCAUCUUCAUCCAUGAAAAUCGACGACUCUGUUCUUGAUCCGGCACCAGAAUCGCUAUUGCCGAAGCCUCGAGAGGAAACAAAUAUCUCUCAUGUAAUUUUCGGCAUAGCCGCUUCCGCUAAGCUUUGGAAUCACAGAAAAAAUUACAUCAAGCUAUGGUGGAGAUCCAACGAAAUGCGAGGAAUCGUCUGGUUAGAUGAGGCAGUGGAAAGUGCCGGCGACGAUGACUUCCUCCCGACGGUAAUGAUUUCCAGUGAUACUUCUGAAUUUCUUUACGAAAAUCCGGAAGGGCAUAGAUCUGCGAUACGGAUUUCGCGAAUUGUCUCUGAAACUUUGAGGCUAGGACUUUUCGCUAGGGCAGAGGUACGGUGGAUUGUUAUGGGCGACGAUGACACUUUUUUCGCCGUCGAUAACUUGGUGAAGGUGUUGCGGAAGUACGAUGAUAAUCAAUUUUACUAUAUCGGAAGUUCGUCGGAAAGUCAUUUACAGAAUAUGCAUUUCUCUUACAAUAUGGCUUACGGCGGAGGUGGAUUCGCUAUAAGUUAUCCAUUGGCGAAAGAACUGGAGAAAAUGCAGGAUAAUUGCUUGCAGAGGUAUCCGAAAUUAUACGGUUCCGAUGAUCGGAUUCAGGCUUGCAUGGCGGAGCUCGGCGUUCCUCUCACCAGAGAACCAGGAUUUCACCAGUGCGAUGUUUACGGCAAUCUAUUUGGGCUCCUGACGGCCCAUCCAUUGGCACCUUUGGUCUCUCUUCACCACUUGGACAUAGUGGAUCCAAUAUUCCCUGAAAUGGGCCGUUUUGAGGCCCUACAAAAACUUGGGCCCCCAAUGAAUCUGGACUCCGCUGGGCUCAUGCAGCAAUCCAUAUGCUACCACAAAUCUGGGCUUUGGACUGUUUCCAUUGCAUGGGGCUACGCUGUUCAAAUAUUUCUCACCAAAUUAUUCCCCAGGGACGUCCAACUUCCGGCCACCACCUUCCUCAAUUGGUACCCUAACGCGGGCACCUCCGCUCACGCCUUCAACACCAGAUCGAUUAGCCUCGAUGCUUGCCAAACUCCCUUUGUUUACUAUUUACACAAUAUCACAUUCAAUGCGAGUACAAACCAGACGGUUAGCCGAUACACUCACUACCGAAUACCCGAACCCGAAUGCAAGUGGAAGAUGUCGGAUCAUGCAAUGAUAGAAAUAGUAGAUGUCUUGAGAAAACCCGAUCCACUUUUAUGGGACAAGGCUCCAAAGAAGGAGGCCAUGCUUGUAUAA